CCCAAAAAAUCUGUUAAUCCAAAUUAUAGGAUAAUGUUGAUAACGGUCAGAGAGGCUUCUUCUUGGCCUCUUUCCUUCAACCUCUCUUAUCCCAAACCUUCAACACUCAGAAACUAUGUUUGCAGAGCCAGUUUAACUGUCCACCCAAAACCCAACUCCAACUCCCAAUCAUGGAACCUUGGUCUUGUUUCUAACAGCCAAAAAGGAUCUGUUUUUGAUCCCUUGGGUAUCAAUCCAGAUAUCUCUUCCGGUUUAAAUGGUGUUUGGGGAAGUUUUCUAGCCUUGUUAGAACCUACAUUUGAGAGCACCUCAGGUACAAGAAAGGAUAAAUCUUCUUCAGCUCGUGGAGUGGCAGCUGCAAUUGAGGACAGUUCCAUUGAGUUUAGGGACUUCUUCAAAGGCCCAUUACCAGGAAAAUUUCUCAAGCUUUUAGCAUUUUUAGCCUUAUCCCGUCUUGGAGUUUAUAUACCCCUAGGAGGGGUUAGAGAGGCUUUCGUUGGCAAUCUAGAUCAGAACAGUCUUCUGAGCACGUUGGAUUCAUUCUCUGGAGGAGGCAUUGGUAGACUUGGUAUAUGCUCCCUCGGUAUUGUUCCUUUUAUCAAUGCACAAAUUGUGUUUCAACUCCUUGCCCAAGUUUACCCUAAAUUGCAAGAUCUUCAGAAAAGAGAAGGCGAAGCAGGAAGGAAGAAAGUUCUUCAGUAUACUAGAUAUGCCUCGGUUGGUUUUGCUAUAGUACAGGCAAUUGGCCAAGUACUUUACCUUCGUCCAUAUGUUAAUGACUUUAGCACACAGUGGGUUCUGUCUUCUGUCACCCUUUUGACGCUUGGUGCUGUACUGACGACAUAUAUUGGGGAACGAAUUUCUGAUCUUAAACUGGGAAAUGGCACAUCCCUUUUAAUAUUUACAAAUAUUCUAUCCUACUUGCCGGCAUCUUUUGGAAGGACAGUUGCACAGGCAUAUCAGGAUGGUAACUACGUUGGACUUGUUGCCAUCGUUAUCUCAUUCUUCCUGUUGGUCCUUGGCAUCGUCUAUGUUCAGGAAGCAGAGAGGAAGAUUCCAAUCAAUUAUGCCUCAAGAUACACCAGCAGGAGCGGAGGGCUUCAGAAAUCUGCUUACCUACCCUUUAAGGUAAACAGUUCUGGAGUGAUGCCAAUUAUAUUUUCCACAUCAUCCCUAGCACUUCCUGGUACUUUGGCAAGAUUUACAGGAAUAUCUGUGCUAAAGAAGGCUGCACUGGCUUUGAAUCCUGGAGGUUCUCUCUACCUUCCUACCAAUAUCUUGUUGAUAGCCUUUUUCAAUUACUACUACACUUUUCUUCAACUGGACCCUGAUGAUGUUAGCGAACAACUGAAGCGUCAAGGCGCUUCAAUUCCACUGGUCCGACCUGGUAAAAGUACCGCAGCAUAUCUAAAGACGGUUCUUAGUCGGAUAUCAGUCCUAGGUUCAGUAUUUUUAGCAAUCCUAGCUGCUGGUCCUGCCGUGAUUGAGCAAACAACACACUUGACUGCAUUCCGAGGAUUUGCAGGCACUUCAGUUCUUAUUCUUGUGGGAUGUGCAACCGAUACAGCAAGAAAAGUUCAAGCAGAGAUUAUAUCUCAGAAGUACAAGAACAUUGAGUUUUACGAAAUUGACAGGUAUGGCCCUUGAACGAGGUAGCAAGUUGAGGAGUGGAGGAUAAGAAGAACGAGUUUUUUCUGACACAUUCAACAUUGAUGCCUCUUAUGAACAUACCCCAACUACCUUUUUCUUGUUUCGAGCAUAAAGUUUAACUCAGGAUUUAUCUUGUAUAUACAUGUGCUGCUCCGCGACCACAAUUUAUAUUUCCGUAUCUAUCAAGGUGAUUGGAAACUUCUUAUGUGCU